AUGUUCCGUCUCCUCCCCUUCGUGCUAGUUUGCUUGGUCUUGCAGUUUGUGAGCGCCUCGCCGCUCCUUCCUCGCGCCAACGUUCAACCUCCCGGUAAAGACACCUUUUAUGAACCUGAUAACGGUUGGGAAAACGAAGAGCCGGGCGCGAUCCUCCGCACCCGCAAGGUUGAGCUUGCUUUCCUUCAAGAACUGAACUACAAGUACCACGAAGCUUACGAACUCCUUUACCGCACCACCGGUGCCUACGAAAAAGACCCCCUUACCACCGUAACCACCAUUAUUGUUCCCAACAAUGCCAAGAAGGAUAUGCUUGUGGACUACAACGUGUACAUCGAUGCAAAUGGUCCCCAGUGUGUUCCCUCGUACACACUGCGCCGCGGAGGCCAGCUUGGUAACGAUCUUGCCUUGACGUACCAGCAGUUGCUGUUUACCACGCUUCUGGACGAAGGUUACGUUUUGACCAUCCCUGACUACCAAGGACCCAACCAAGGCUUUGCUGUUGGCCGCAUGGAAGGUCGGAUGGCGAUUGAUAGCGUGCGUGCGACUCUCAACUACGGCCGUCUUGGUCUCAGCAAGAACACCAAGGUUGUUGGUUACGGCUACUCUGGCGGUGCCAUUGCUACCGGCUGGGCCGCCAGCCUGCAACCGAACUAUGCACCCGAGUUGAACAUGAUGGGCUGGUCCAUGGGAGGUACACCUGCCAACCUUACAGGCACUGUAUUGAACCUUGACAAAGGCCGUGUUCGCUGGAUUUGCCGUGGCUGGUGUAGUCGGAGUGGGUCGCAAGGGCGCAUUACGAAAGAGGGCCAAAAGGCAAUCGACUUUGCCAGGACACACUGCAUGAUUGAUGUGCUUCUCAGGUACCCAUUCAGGACACUGCAGUCGGAUGCAUUCGUCGAGGAUGGCGCGAGGAUUUUGUAUGAUCCAGCCAUUACGAAGAUUACGGAUACUUUGGUCCUGGGUGUUAACGCGGAUGAGGCGCCCAAGGCGCCCGUGUACAUUUUCCAUGGCCUGCAUGACGAAGUUAUUCCUUUUGGUGAUGCGCUCACUGCCGCUAACCGCUGGGCUGACAAUGGUGCCGACGUCAAGUUUGAAGAGCUGCAAGACCUCCUCAUGGGCCACAUUACCUCUGAGCUUACGAACCUCCCCAACGUGAUCAUGUUUAUUAGGGAUCGCAUGCAAGGAAAGUCAUUUCCUAGUGGGUUUACUCACACGCGCGUUGGCAACCCCCUGGAAGACCCCAAUGUCAUCGGGCAAGGCUUUGAGAGCUUGGUCAAGGUGAUUGCUGGUUUCAUCGAGAGCACCUUUGGCUUCGGUGACAAGAAGCUGAUCAACAGGAUCAAGCAAGAGAGCUAA